UGGCAUCGCCGUGUAAAUUGCUCAGUAAGCAAAUUGAACUAUGUUUUUUUGGCGCACCUGAUAGCGGCGAUAGACAUUGUUUACUUUUGCUGUUAAUAUUUACAUGACCCAAAGCCAAAUGAACUUUAAUAAUGUCAAUAUACCCGAGAAACUAGUGCCGGACAACUAUUUGCAACUGGGACUGGCUGCGCAACGCAGCAAGCAGCGCAGUUUUAAGGAGCUGCUCGAAAAGCGAAAGCUUCCGGAAAAUGGUUGGUCCGAUGAACGUAUCGAGGAGCUGGUGCACAUGCUGGCUUCCUUGGACAGCAAUAACUACCCACAUAAGGUCGGCCUGGGAGAGCGGGAGGCGCGAACAGCCUGCAAACUCGUAGCUCGCCGGCACUACAACUUCGGUCAUGGUAUCGGCCGAUCUGGAGACUUAUUAGAGGCACAACCCAAGGCAGCUGGCUCUACGCUGCUCGCUCGUCUCACAAAUGCCCUGAUUCUGGACCUUAUUCGGGGAAUCGGACUGCCCAGUUGUGCCGGCUGCUUUUUGGUGCCGAUGUGUACCGGCAUGACAUUGACUUUGUGCCUGCAGAGUCUUCGCAAGCGGCGACCCGGGGCGAAGUAUGUGCUCUGGUCCCGCAUCGAUCAGAAGUCCUGCUUCAAGGCCAUCACAGCAGCGGGCUUGGAGCCGGUAGUCAUCCCAUGCCUGAUUCAAGGAGAGUCCCUGAAUACAAACGUAGAUUUAUUUCGAGAAAAGAUCAAGUCAUUGGGAGUGGAUAGCAUCCUCUGCCUGUACACUACCACCAGUUGUUUUGCUCCACGAAACAGUGAUGACAUUGCCGAAGUAUCCAAGCUGUCCAAACAAUGGCAGAUUCCCCAUCUGGUCAAUAAUGCCUAUGGGUUGCAGGCAAAGGAAAUCGUUCAUCAGUUGGAGAGCGCCAAUCGAGUCGGACGCAUUGAUUUCUUUGUCCAGAGCAGCGACAAGAAUUUGCUGGUGCCAGUGGGUAGUGCCAUUGUGGCCAGCUUUAAUGAGAGUGUGCUCCACGAUGUGGCUAGUACGUAUGCGGGGAGAGCUAGUGGUUCCCAGUCUCUAGACGUUUUGAUGACGCUACUCUCACUUGGGCGCAAUGGGUUUCAAUUGCUUAUGGAUCAGCGGGGCGAGAACUUCAUUUACCUUAGAGAGAACCUUAGGAAAUUCGCAGAGCUUCGCGGAGAGAUUGUUCUAGACAGCAGGUGUAACUCCAUAUCCUUGGCCAUAACAUUGGCUACAAUGGCUGGGGAUCAGAUGAAGAGCAUCACCCAGCUCGGCUCCAUGCUUCACAUGCGUGGAGUUUCCGGAGCAAGAGUGAUAGUUCCUGGCCAAAACAAAACUAUAGACGGGCAUGAAUUUAUAGAUUUCGGCUCCCACCGCAACAACCUGCAAGUUCCGUACCUGACUGUAGCGGCAGGAAUCGGAAUAACCCGAGAGGAGAUCGACAAAUUCUUCGAUAUUUUCAGCAAGUGCUGGAGGCAGCUUUUUCAAACUAAAAAUGAUAAAACCAUGAGCCUACUAGAAACAACAAUCAAAUGAAAAAUAAUAAUAUUUUGAUGUAGUUAAUAAACACAAUUUUGUUAGGAA